AUGGUGCGCACCAGCAAGGGCUCCGGCAAGCCGCUCAUGCUCAUGGUGCACGGCUUCCCGGAGGCCUGGUUCUCCUGGAGGGCGCAGAUGGCGGCGUUCAGGGACCAGUACGAGAUUGUGGCCAUCGACAUGCGCGGCUACGGAGUGUCCAGCAAGCCUCCGGGGCGUGCGCCGUAUCACAUGCCAGAGCUGGUGGCCGACGUGAAUGCUGUGGCGGGGCACCUGCUGGAGGAGGCGGGGCAGGAGAAGCUGGUGCUGGUGGGGCACGACUGGGGCGCAAACACGUGCUGGGGCGCGGCCGCCACCGCGCCGCACCUCUUCUCCCGCCUCGCCAUCCACUGCGUGCCCCACCCCGAGUGCUUCCUGCGCAACAUGGAUGGAGACCAGUUUGCGCGCAGCUGGUACAUCUUUGCCUUCCAGGUGCCCAAGCUGGCGGAGUGGGCCCUGUGCGCCAAUGACUAUCAGCUGUUGGAGGAGGUGCUCACCAAGCCUCCUGGGGGCUGCACCACACCCGGCGCCUACAUCGAGCGGUACAAGCAGGCGUUUGGCCGCCCCGGCGCCGCCACCGCCGCGAUCAACUUCUACCGCCGAGUCAUCGACCUGGCCUCGCGCUACCCGGCCCCCGCCCUGCAGCGCGUGCCUACAAUGGUCGUCUGGGCCGAGAACGACACUGCGCUGGGCCAGCAGCUGCUGCGCGGCAUCGAGAGGUACGUGGAAAGCGUGCGGGUGGAGGUGCUGCCCGGCAGCUCGCACUGGGUGCAGCAGGACAGGCCCGAGGAGGUCAACCGCCUGCUGGCCUCCUUCCUGGGGGCCGCGGCGCGGUGA